AUGUUCCCUCUUCUCCUCCCCGCCGUCUUCCUCUCCCUCACAAUGGUCAAUUCCCAGCCCUCUGGCUACGUCUCCCGUAACACUGAGCUCCCCGAGCUCGGCGACGCCUUCCGGCUGCACUACCUUUACAGCGAACCACCCGCCAACCAGACCGUCAAAGGCACCUUCCUCCUCAUCCACGGUUUUCCAUACACCUCGUACCACUACCGCCAUGUCAUGGGCCCCCUCGCCGAGGCAGGCUACCGCGUCAUUGCUCCCGACUACCGGGGCGCCGGCAAAUCAUCCAAACCCACCGGAUGGUCCCCCGACUACCGCAAGACAGUCAUCGCAGGCGACCUCUUCCACCUGAUCCACUCGGUCCUCAACAUCACGGAGAAGAUCCACGUCGUCGGCCACGACAUCGGCGGCAUGGUCGCGCACGCGUACGCCACCACCUACGCCAACCACACGGCGAGCGUCGCGUGGGGCGAGUGUCCGCUACCUGGCACUCGCGAGUACGAAGAGCGCAAAACGAUGCUAAACCACUUCCACCUCCUGUUCCACUCCGUGCCGGACCUCCCGGAAGCCCUAAUCGCCGGCAAGGAGGAGGUGUAUCUGCGGUACUUCUUCGAUCGUCAGGCGUACAACCGCGCCGCGCUGGACGAGUCUGUUGACUUCUAUCUGGGCGACUAUCAACAGCCCGGCGCGCUGAGGGCUGGGUUGGGGGCGUACCGCGCGUUCGAGCAGGACAAGGAGGAGAAUUUGGCGUGGUUGGCGGCGAAUGGGAAGUGCAAGGUGCCGGCGUUGGGCUUCAGUGGCGCGAGGAGCAUGCAUGCGGUAGAUGGAUAUCCGAUGCUGAGUCAGGUGUACGAAAACGUAGAAGUGAAGAAUAUGGACGAGGUAGGACAUUAUCUUGCUGAGGAGGAUCCGGAGCAGUAUGUCAAGAUUUUGGUGUGGUGGGCGGGGAAGCAUCCGGGAGAGAAGGUCUAA